AACAGAAGCUUUAAUGAGAAAAUAAUGAAAUAGCAACAUAUUCUAAUGUUUCUCUGAUCUGGAAAAAAUAAUUAAAUAUCUAAUAAUUUCAACAUUAGGCAGAUUUUUUUAAAGAUUUAUUUUUUUUAUUUAUGCAUACAAGAACUGUAGGUUAGAGGUGCAGGGGGUGAGAGGAUCCACCAGAGACCCAGUAGGGAGGAGAACAGACAGAUGGAUUGAAAUACAAUGCUGAGGGGAGCAGCGGGUGAGACUGGAGAGGUCUGUUGCGCCAUGUGGGUAGCUCCCUGGCUGGGGAUGGAACUCAUGACACAGAGGCUGUGGAUAGCUUCAUAGUGCUGAGACUUAACCCCUUGCACCACCAGGGAGGCCCUAAGCAGACUUUUAAUUAAAAAUCUUUCUCAGAUAAAUUUGGUAACAGUCAGGAAUUCAGUAUUUAAUCACCCGCCUGUGGAUACCAAACCAAGAAAGGUGUCAGUUUAGCAAAAAGCACUGACCAUGAAGUUAGGAAAUCUAUAUACAGGUUUUAGCUCUGCCGCUCUCUGAUGUGAACUUAAAUGAGGCUCUGCAUCGGUGAUCAUUCUUUUCCUCUUCUGAAAUGAGAAAUGAAGUUGCUGAAGUAAAUGGCUUUAACAUUCUGAAAAUUAAGUAAUGUGUUUAAGUUCUGCCCCUCCCCCUGAUGAUUCUACUGUUUAACAACUGAGACCUCUUGCUAUUUAAUUCCACAAGAAUGUAGGUUGUGAGCAGUUUCUGCUAUAGACUGAAUGUUUGUGUCCCUACAAAAUUAAAAUUAAAAUCGUAACCACCCAAUGUGAAGGCAUCUGUAGGUAGGGCAUUGAUUAAGUCAAGAGAGGGUGUCACCUUUAUGAAUGAGGUUAGUGGACUUAUAAAAAAAGUCCUUCCCACCAUGUGAGGAUAUAGUGAAAGAUGACUCCAGAACUCUGAGAAGAAAUCUCUUGUUUUAUAAAUCAUUUUAACUAUGUGGUUUUUGUUUUAGCAACCCUAACAAAGAAAAGCUUCCGUCUAAUUGUUGGUUGUGAAAGUAAUUUUGAGUCCCCAUGUCCCAUAUCUAUAAAGUCACAUCCCCUGUAGCGAGUUUCUGAAGUCAGAUAGCCCCAGGGGCUCUGAAGGUUUCCUGAAUUAUAAAAACUGGAAACCACAAUCAGCUUAAUCAUUAAAAUUGCUGUUUGCCUUUGUGUAUUAAGCACAAUGCUUCAUAUCUUAAAAGGUAAUUAAUUGAAUUCUGAUUAUUGCUUACAAUGAGAAAGCAUUUGUAUGAAACAAAAAAAAAGAGAAAGAAAGUUGGAUCAUGUCACAUGUCUCCUUCCCCCAGGUGUGCAGAACUCCCAGAAUACUUACAAAGGCCAACAUUUGUUUAUUUUUCUUGUACUCUGCUGGAUAUGUGGAACUUUUUUCAGAACGAAUUGAGAAUCCUAAGACACCUUAGGACGAAAGAAUACACACUUUCUAAUUAUCCAAAAAUUGUCAUAAUUUAUGACAUUAUCAAAAGAGCCCCAAAUAAUCCCAGUUUGCAUUGUCUUAAGUAGGCAAAGACAAGGCUGUGUGUUCUGAGACACAAAGGUGAAUUUGUAUAUGAAACUUCCUGUAAUUUUCCAACUUGGGUGGAAGUGGGUACAUUUACUUUUCAUCUUUUGUUUGUAUAAUUGUGUGCUGCUUCUCAGAAACUAGAAACAAGAAAUGGCAUCUCAGAACUAUAGGAUGGUGUCAAGUAUGGGAACAAUGAAAUUCCUCUUAGCUCUGUGUGCUAUUUCUGCCAUAUACAGAAAGUAUGGGAUUUUCUUUAUUUUUCUCUUGAAAAGGGGCUCUCUCAGUUUGCUUGUCAUUUUGGUCAUUUCUUCGAUACUGGCCAGUAUCUGGGGAAUCAUAAGAGAAAAUAAUGCUGAAUAUUUAGUCUUACAGCUAGAACUUCUCUUGCAGCUGAAUUAUGAUACCCCAGAUGCCUUGCACUGUUAAUUUACUUUUACUCUUUGACAUUGCUCUUUGUUCCUUAGAAAAUGCUACAAGAAAAUGGGAGUUUUUCACCAUUACCCUUCUCGCAGCGUGUUUCAGGCUGGCAUUCUGUCCUGGUUACUACCCUUUAUCCUGUCUCAUUUCUGCUCCUCUACUAAAAGGGGGAUUCCAGACAGACGAGAGGAACAACUUUUAGAUGCUAUACUGCAGGCAUAUUAAGUUAUUCCCCCACCGUGCAGUCUGGAAAUCAGGGAGCACUUCUCUGGCGCUGCAUUCUAAUGAGCUGCUGAAGAUGCCAGAGUGUGUGCGUGCACUGGCGUUUCUUUCCCCUCCUCCCUUUCUUCCUUUUUCCAAGCCCCCUCUUUUCCCUAUUUCCCCUCCUACUCCUUUAUCCCCUCCCUCUGUGUCUCAGUUCUGCAGUAAACGGGGCUGAGGCACAUUCCUGCUUUGCAAGGCUUUCUGUUGAGGAUGUUUUGUGGCUUUUGUUUGGAUUGCAGCAUGCAGAAUUACAGCUGUUCAGAGGAGACUCAUUACAACUCCUGCUGAAGCUCCUAAUCUUCCUCCCUUCUCUUCUGCCCCUAAUCCUUAUCCUCAUUGGCCUGAAGACAUUGUACCCAGAGUUUGCCUUAACCCCCUGGUGCUAUGUGUAUGGUAAACCUGGUACUGUGGCCUCAUCUGGGACUGGCCAGACAACUGCUGCUGGCUCUCCCUAUUCCAAGGAGGAUUUAAAGGGGAAUUGCACUACAGGCAAUGCACCAGAGCAGCAGCUUCAGGAGCUUGGGGACUAAGGCUUCUCUGGCAUUACCACACACACACAAAGCUGACCGCAAUGACAGCCGCUGCUCCUUUGAACUGUUGGUAGCAGCCAAGCGGCAGCAUGAAGUGAGAGAUCACUCCUGAGCUCAAGAUGAACUCCACCUUGGAUGGUAAUCAGAGCAGCCACCCUUUUUGCCUCUUGGCAUUUGACUAUUUGGAAACUGUCAAUUUUUGCCUUUUGGAAGUGUUGAUUAUUGUUUUUCUAACUGUAUUGAUCAUUUCUGGCAACAUCAUUGUGAUUUUUGUGUUCCACUGUGCACCUUUGUUAAAUCACCACACUACAAGUUAUUUUAUCCAGACUAUGGCCUAUGCUGACCUCUUGGUGGGGGUCAGCUGCCUGGUCCCUUCUUUGUCACUCCUCCACUACCCACUUCCAGUAGAGGAGUCUUUGACUUGUCAGGCUUUUGGCUUUGUAGUAUCAGUUCUGAAGAGUGUCUCCAUGGCCUCUCUGGCCUGUAUCAGCAUCGAUAGAUACAUCGCCGUCACUAAACCUUUAACCUAUAACACUCUGGUCACACCCUGGAGACUGCGCCUGUGUAUUUUCCUGAUUUGGCUAUACUCCACCCUGGUCUUCCUACCUUCCUUUUUCUACUGGGGCAAGCCUGGAUAUCAUGGAGAUGUGUUUCAGUGGUGUGCUGAGUCCUGGCACACCAACCCCUACUUCACCCUGUUCAUCGUGAUGAUGUUGUAUGCCCCGGCCGCCCUUAUUGUGUGCUUCACCUAUUUCAACAUCUUCCGCAUCUGCCAACAACAUACAAAGGAAAUCAGCGAAAGGCAAGCCCGCUUCGGCAGCCAGAGUGGGGAGACUGGGGAGGUGCAGGCCUGUCCCGAUAAGCGUUAUGCCAUGGUCCUGUUCCGAAUUACUAGUGUAUUUUACAUCCUCUGGUUGCCGUACAUCAUCUAUUUCUUAUUGGAGAGCUCCACUGGCCACAGCAACCGCUUUGCAUCCUUCUUGACCACCUGGCUUGCUAUUAGUAACAGUUUCUGCAACUGUGUCAUUUAUAGUCUCUCCAACAGUGUCUUCCAAAGGGGACUGAAACACCUCUCAGGGGCCAUGUGUACUUCCUGUGCAAGUGAGACCAUAGGCAAAGAUCCUUACACAGUUAGGAGCAAAGGCAACCUUAACGGAUGCCACAUCUGAAGGGGUUCAGAUAUUGGGUCACUGUCUGUCAUGUGAUCCAAUGUGUCUUCUUAUCUCUUUGUAUUCCCAGGUCAGUAGGAAAUCUGGGACAAAAUAAUUUGAAUGCAAGCAAUAGCAAACAAAUGAUCCAUCCAAAAUGUCUUCUAAGUUUGCAGAAAUGAUUUUCUGAAAAGUGCUUUUAAGUCAGAAGUAUCAGGACCAUGAAGAUAAAUUGCUCUUGGUUCAAAUUUUUGUAAUGUCAUGGAAAUGACUACAGUUCUCACAUUUAAAAUGAAUAAAGCCAUAUCUAACACCUCUCUCCAGCUGGCAUGACAGAACCUGGGUGUGAAGACCGUCAGCGUUUUUAAAAGUCAUAGUUUUCUUGACAUUUUUCUGGGUUCUUUCCAGCUGUUUGGGCUUCAUGUGCAAUUGAUUUAACAGGAAAUAUUCAAAUAUGCAGUGAAUUAACAGGGUUAUAAAAUCGUGUGUGUGCCAAAGUUAACUACACUGAAAGUUUUAACACUGUCAUUUAGAAAGCCAAAUGUUUUAUGUCUUAUUCUCUUGAGAGAAUUCUCUACAGUGAAUAAUGUGAACACUUAAACAUUAAUUUUAAAACUUUGCAAUGAAGCAAAAGUGCAGCAAAACUAUGAAAAACUGGGCUACUUUUUGUGCUAUGCUUCACAGAGAUCUAAAGAAAUGUGUACAUAAGAAGUGCUUGUGUUGCAGUAAUUUUGCCUUUGUAUGUGUAUAUUUAGAGUAUUUGAACUAGAUUUCUCUUUUACAGCAAAAUGUGUUUUAAUAAGCUUAAAAUAAUCAUAAUAUUGGCUGCCAUUUUUAUAGUGAUGAAAUUAUGUAAAAGUAUGUCAUUAGUCUUUCCUGUUCUUUUUAUCCAAAGACUUUUGAAAUAUUAGAAUAUCAGGGAGAAAGGUGUUCUAAGGAACUAAGUCAGAAAAUAUACCAUACCUUUAGUUAAAUUUUUAAAAAGCAGGGGGCUAAUUGAGAUGUUCUUUUUGUGUUUUACAGAAUCAAGUAAUAAAGUAGCUAAUAAUUUUUAAAAACAUUAGUUAUUGUUAAGGGAUUCAGACUGGCAUGAGGAAGGGAGAAAAUCUGAUAAUUUGAUCUCUUAUUACUUUUCUCUUUCUGGAAAAGAAUUUUGUGGAAUACAGUUCUUUCCUUAUUGUUUGGUGGUGGUUUGUUUUUUCUUUAAGCCACAGGUCUAGCAAAAUCUAUAGGAAUUUAUUAUUGUUAUUCUAUAGAAUUACGAACUGAUAACACUGUGUGUUUGAGUGUAGUCGUGAUGUUUUGUUCUUAAAAGUAAUUAUCUUUAGGGCAAGAGAUUUAUUUUUCUAAAGGAAGGAAGCUUUCUCAGCAGCUCCAGGCAGGAGAGUAUUUCCUCUGCUAUUCUACUGGUUUUAAUGUUUUGGAUGUCUUCAGGGGACUGACUUGAUCUCUGCCUUCAGCUUGGUGUUGUAAUCUGAAUUUGACACUGGUGUUCAGGGAGAUGGGAGAGGCCAAAGGACGCGAGCAGGUCGAUUUUUGAAUCCCAGAAAGGACUUGGAUAUUUAUAAAACAGGCAGUUAUGCUUCGGUUUUACAUCAUAAUAUUGGAAAACCUCCUCCCCCAUUUUAAAAUAAAGGGCAGCAUUCUUAAGAUUUUAGGCUUUAAGAUACUGAUUUCAUUUAAACCUCAGAUGUCUUCUACUUAAAUUUGUUUUUAAGUACGCGUUGUAUAAACAUUUCAACCUCAGGUUCUACGUUCUUUCCCAAAACAUGUUUGCUCUUAUAUUUAGUAUUAGAAGAUUUAAUUCUAAGCUGCUUCAAAAUUUAGAGUUCAUUGCAAUGCAACUUACAUUAGCAAUGACUCUGUUGAAUUGCUUUCUCAAGUGGAAAGCCUUUUCUGUUGGAUUCUGAAAAAUAGAUGUACACAUUUCCCCUUUAUUGAAGUGGCAUACAUCUUAAAAAACAGUAUUUCCUUUAUUAUCGUGUAUGUUGAAGAGUGUAACCUAUUCAAAUCUGUAUGGUACGCUUGUGAAUUUUUAGCUCAACAGACAGAGGAAUCUUAAAUACUUCAUUUUUUAUAAGGAACUGGUGUUAAAUCCAUGGAUUUUACUUUGGGAGAGGGGCUGAGCCCUUUUAAUAUUUUCCUGAAAUAGCAAUGGAAAAUAGAAAAUAAGUUUAAUUUUCUAGAAAUGGCUGUUAAGCUGGUCUUUUAAUGACUGGAAAGAUUCAACUUUUAAUAAGUGCUUUUGUUAAUAGAUUUUUGUCCUAAUGCUAGAUUCAGAUGAUAUAAGAAUCUCUAUGUCUCAGUCUAAAACUAAAGUAGAAACUAAGUAGAUGUAGUCAUUUUAGAGAAAAACAUCCCCUCCCUUAAUAUCACUGUCUUUCCAGUUUAUCUUGCUUCAUUGGAGUAUAUAAACUGUUUCUCCCAGGUACAAAUUCUGUUCUCACGUUCACUGCUUUUUUAUUUUUAUUUCCAGUGUGGGUGCAUGUUGGAAAUAAUUCUCUAACCUUCAGAGAUGGGGGAGAUGUUUCUAUAUGAUCCAUUUGGAGAGCUGUGUUUAAGCAACCUUUUCAUGCUGGCAUAUUUAAUGCAACAUUUGUUGAUAUUUGGUUUAAAUACCAGUCUGACUAGAAUGAGGAAAAAAAGUAUAUUUUUAGUAUCAGUUACCUUGGGCUUUUGCAAGACAGUGCAUUUAACUUUAUAUGGCAUACAAUCAGAGGAAGAAGAACCUUUGAGAAGUUUUGUUGAAAUUAUUUAAUAGUGGGCCUCCCUGGUGGCGCAGGGCUUUAAGUCUCAGCGCUAUCAAGCUAUUGCCAACCACUGUGGCCUGAGUUCAAUCCCCGGCCAGGAAGGUCACCCACAUGGCUCAGCAGACCUAUCUCACCCGCUGCUCCCCUCAGCAGUGUAUUUCAGUAGCUCUGCCUGUUCUGCUCCCCACUUUGUCUCUGGUGAAUCCUCUCACCCCUCACACCUCUGGCCUACACCUCAGUUCUUAUAUGCAUGAAUAAAUAAAAAUAAAUCUUAAAAAAAAAGAAAUUAUUUAAUAGUGAAUUUUAAAGUAAGAGUAUACUAAUCAUAUUUGUAAAUUAUUUGUGUGUUUUUAUACAGUGAUUUCAGUGAGGGUAUGUUUUUUUUCCUCUUAGAGUGGAAAAGCAAUUAUAAAAGGACAAGUGUACCUCCACUUUAAUGAAAGAACAACCCCCCCACCAGAAUGAGUGUUUUGAUUUUGAUGAGCCUAUUGGCUCUUAACCUAAAUUCCAUUUGG